AUGUCUGGCGGCGGAAAUAGCAGAGAAGGCGCCUACAGGCGGAGCGGACACGAUAGGAAGGCCGACCCGGCUGAGGCUGGUAGUGACAUGGGGAGUGGUGAUACACGGACGUGUGGAAACUUCGCGCUGACGGUACGAGGGAAGUGGAGAAUCGCCAGGACCAGAGGGAUGACGGGGAUAGAGAAGAGCGUGCCGUUACUCUCUUGCUUUCGCCUGUACCUCCUGUCUUCGAGCAACCAGCACCGCGCCUUCCCUCCUCUCCUGCUACCUAAGACGAUCGACCUCUCGUGUUGGCCCACAGUCGACACGGCGAUUGAGGUGGUAACGCAACCAGGAGAACAACAACACGGAGGAGACGCGUCGCAGUACACGACAGAUUGGACGCUCCGAAGAGCGUCAAUUCUCCAGCGUGCGCUACCAGCGUUCCUGCACCAUCGUGUCCCACCGUUCUAG